GUUAAGGCCGUAGAUUCGUGCCAUCAAUAGGGCAUCUCCACUAGUGUCACUGCGCGUAACAGCUCAAAGCCCGCUCUUCGAGCAUCAGCAGCAUUACAAACCCUUGGCAGCAGCCAACGUGCUGCAAGCACCAACCAUGGUGGACCGAACCGCGCUCGGCAUGAUGGUGUUGUUAAAUGCAAUUGCGGCUGGCGUACUAUACCAGCGAUUCCAUGACCAUCCUCAAGUGCAAAUGCUGGAAUCGCGGGUGCUUGAGUUAUACCACAAGGUCUUACCUCCAAAAAGCCCCGAUCGCUGCGGCGCGCUUAAAUGGCCCUCAUACGUCCUGAUCAGCGAGCGCGUGGUUUUCCCGGACGGUGUGAGACCCGGCGCCGUCUACAUCGAGGGAUCCCGGAUCGUGGCGGUUUCGGAGAACGUGUCCGUGGACCUGCCGCACGUGAUGAACUUCCGUGACGCGGUCAUCUCGCCCGGGGUCAUCGACGUGCACUGCCACCUUAACGAGCCCGGCAGGGAGGAGUGGGAGGGCAUCUUCAACGGCACCCGCGCUGCCGCCUCGGGCGGUGUGACCACGCUGGUUGACAUGCCGCUCAACAGCGCCCCCGCCACCACCACCCCGCAGCAGCUGGAGGCGAAGAAGACCAGGGCCACGGCCAAGUCCUUCACCCACCUGGGCUUCUGGGCGGGUCUGGUGCCCGCAAACGCCGCCAACCACUCCCAGUUGGCGGCCCUGCAGGCGGGCGGCGCGGCGGGCUUCAAGGCCUUCAUGUGCCCCUCCGGCAUCCGAGACUUCCCGCACGUGGGGGAGGCGGAGCUGGCGGCGGCGCUGCCGUACAUCAAGCGAGCCGGCGUGCCGCUGUUCGUACAUGCAGAGCUGGUGGAGGAGGGGGGCGAGGAGCAGCAGCAGAAGAGUGACCCGGCCGCCGACCCCACCCUGUACGACACCUACCUAGCCACCCGCCCCCCCUCCUUCGAGCGAUCUGCCGUACAGCUGCUCGUACGGCUGCUGGACUCGGACGCCACCCCGGCCGCCCCCGGCUUCCGACUGCACAUCGCGCACCUGGGGGAUGCGGGGGCGCUGGAGGAUAUUCAGGCUGCCCGCCAGCGCCACCCCAUCACCGUGGAAACCUGCGCGCACUACCUCACCUUCGCCUCCGAGGACGUCCCCCGCGGCGCCACGCACUUCAAGUGCGCCCCCCCACUGCGCGGCGCCGCCAACCGGGCGGCCCUGCGGCGGGCGGUGGCGGAGGGGCGCAUCGACCUGGUGUCCUCCGACCACUCGCCCGCGCCGCCCGAUAUGAAGGCGACGGAGAGUGGGGACUUCCUGACAGCCUGGGGCGGCAUCAGCGGGGGGCAGUACCUGCUGCCCGCCACCUGGAGCGCGCUGCGGGAGGGCAGCCCCCCCACCGCCGCCGCCAGCGAGUCCCAGCUGCUGCGGCUGACUCAGCUGCUCAGCGAGGCGCCCGCAGCUCUGGCGGGGCUGGCGGGGCGCAAGGGGCGGCUGGAGGCGGGGUUCGAUGCGGACAUUGUGGUGUGGGAGCCCGAGGUGCGCACCAACACCUCCGUCGCCCUCAACCUGCACACCCACAAGCUCUCGCCGUACACGGACGCCGUGUUGUACGGCAAGGUGAUUGCGACGGUUGUGGGCGGGGAGCUGACGGCGCUGUACGGGCACACCAACCCCCGGCCCUGCGGCAAACUGGUGCUUCGGGGGACGUAGCUGGGGCUGGCUGGCUGGGGAGGAGCAC